AAUAUCAUCCCUUCUUGGUUUACUGCUUUUACUCCAAGUGAUGUUAAGUUCAAGAUUAGGCUGUAUUCAAAGAUAGAGAAAAUAAAUACAAGAUUUAAUGAUCUCGUGAUACAAAAAUAUCAACUGAAUUUGAAGGAAAAUUCUAGUACGAGACCAAGCAAAAGAAGAGAGAUCAAAUCUCCCUCAACUUCCUUGGUGACCGAAGAUCACAUAUAUGGUAGGGAGGAAGUCAGAGGGGCUGUACUUCAGUUAUUGGUCAGUGAAAAACAUAGUGAUGCUUCGAAUAAAGUACCCAAUGUGAUUCCCAUAGUUGGUAUGGGGGGUAUUGGAAAAACAACACUUGCCCAGCUUGUAUACAAUGAUAAAAAAGUGGAGAGCUUUUUCAAUCUGAAAGCAUGGGCUUGUGUUUCAGAAAAUUUUGAUGUUGCUGCAAUUACAAAAACAAUUUUACAAUCUUUGACCGCAGAAAACUGUGAUGGCAAAGAUCUAAAUUGGUUGCAAGAAAAAUUGAAGGAGAAACUAAGUGGGAAAAGGUUUCUAGUAAUUCUUGAUGAUGUUUGGAACGAGAACUACAUUGAUUGGACUCACCUGCGUGCUCCUUUUGAAGUAGGGGCUUCGAGAAGUAGUAUUAUUGUCACAACCCGUAACCAGAAAGUCUCGUAUCUAAUGGGAAACAAGGAAGUUGAGCCUUUUCAGUUGGAAUUGUUAUCAAAUGAAGCUUGUUUGUCCAUAUUUUCCCAACAUGCAUUGGAUCAUGCAAGAGACAUCAAUGCGCAUCCAGAUCUUAAAGUUAUUGGAGAGGAACUCGUUAGAAGGUGUAAAGGCUUGCCAUUGGCAGUAAAAACUAUUGCAGGAGUCAUACGCAGUAAACAAAAAGACCAAAAAGAAUGGGAAAAAGUUUUGAGGAAUAAGAUAUGGGAUAUUCCAGCGGAAGAAAGUGGAAUUCCUUCCUCUCUUAUGGUAAGCUAUGACAAUCUCCCUUCACAUUUAAAGAGGUGCUUUGCAUACUGCUCAAUACUACCGAAGGAUUAUGAAUUUGAAGAGAAUGAGGUGGUUCUAUUAUGGAUGGCAGAAGGUUUGAUUCAACCACGACAAGAUGAAGAGGAAAUGGAAGAUUUGGGUUCCGAAUAUUUUCGUAAUCUGUUGUCAAGGUCAUUUUUCCAACAGUCACGUGGGAUUAAUCAAGGUGAGCGCAAGCUGGCCUGGACACACUUGGUUGUAAAAAAAAAAAUUGAAUCACGAUUUGUGAUGCAUGACCUCAUCAAUGAUUUGGCUCAGUCGGUUGCAGGCGAUACGUGCUAUAGAAUGGAAGAUAAGCAUGGGAAUAUUCCUAUAAAGGCACGCCACUCAUCUUAUUUGGGAAGCCAAUAUGAUGUAACUAAAAAGUUUGAGGUUUUUUCUAAAUUCACAAGUUUACGUACAUUCUUACCUUUCAUGCUGCCAGAACCAAGUGAUUGCUAUUUGGCUCAUCAUGUUCAUUUUGAAUUGGUUCCAACAUUACGUUGUUUAAGGGUGUUAUCUUUCAAUGGAUACAACAUAAGAGAGCUAUCGGAUUCUAUUGGUGAUUUGAAGCAUCUACGGUACCUUAACCUUUCCAAAACUCGAAUUCGAGGCCUGCCAGAAUCAAUAACUAGUCUCUACAACUUACAAACAUUGUUGUUGGAGAACUGUAAUCAUCUAAAGAAAUUACCUUCAAUGUUAUGCAACUUGGUCAACCUGCGUCACCUCAACAUUGAAGGUGCAUAUAAUUUGGAAGGGAUGCCUAUCCAAAUAGGUAAACUAACUUGUCUUCAAACACUGUCUAAUCUUGUUGUGGAAAAAGACAGUUGCUCUGGAAUAAAGGAGCUUGGACCUUUGAAGCAUCUUCGAGAGAACCUCUGCAUUUCAAGAUUAGAGAAUGUGGUUGAACCAAAGGAUGCAAAAGAUGCUGAAUUAAUUAAAAAGGCAAAAAUUAGUAUGUUGUCAUUGGAAUGGAGUUGGCACAUUGAUGAGUCAAAAGACAGGACAAAUGAACUAGAGGUACUAAAUGGGCUACGCCCUCACGAUGCUUUGACGAAGCUGGUUAUAAAUAACUAUGGUAGUACAAAAUUUCCUAAUUGGUUAACAUCUCCUUCAUUUCCUCAUAUGGUCUACUUGACAUUAAAUAAUUGUCGCAAGUGCACAUCAUUACCUCCAUUGGGGCAAUAUUUGCCAUCACUCAAAAAUCUUUGGAUCAAGGGCAUGGCUAACGUGAAGAGUGUUGGUUCUGAAUUUUGUGGCGGUAAUUUAGAGACUUUGCAUUUCCAUGACAUGGAGGAGUGGGAGAAUUGGAGUCCUUGUGAAGAUUUCCCAAAUCUGCUUGAGCUUUCCAUUCAUAAUUGUCCGAAGCUAUUAGGGAAGUUACCGAACAACCUUCCUUUACUAAACAAAGUUGUGAUAUAUGGUUGUGCGCAGUUGGUGGUCUCACUUUCAUGCUUUCCAGAUAAAUGCAAAUUUUACAUUGAGAAUCUCAGAGGGCUUCUUAUGAUAGGGGUGGUGUGUGGAAGCAAGGUCACAUUCAAAUCAAUAAGAUUCUUCAGAUUACUUUCACCAAUUUCAGAUAUGGAAGGUCUGGCAGAGUUGGAAGAGUUAAAUAUUAGAUACUGUGAGGAGCUGACGACUUUGUGGUCAGACAAGGUGGGAUCACUGCCACAUGAUCUCCCAUUUCUGGAUUCUCUCGACAUUUCUCAUUGUCGCAAGCUAGUCUCUUUGGUGGCGGAAGAAGUCGAUCAAGAGCGUCUCCAACUUAGAAUCACAUCUAUUGAUAUCAGGGAUUGCAUAGCCUUGGAAUCAUUACCCAAGGCAUUGAUGUACAACAACUCAUGUCUUCAGUCUAUUGUUAUCCAAAAUUGUGACUCGCUAACGCAUUUUGCAAGAAGCCAUUUGCCUCCAAGUUUAAAGCAGCUACGUAUAUGGGCAUGCAAGAGUAUGAGGAAUUUGGUGGAGGAUGAUGAUAAUAAUACAAACAACAGUAAUACUUGCAGUAGUGGCAUCACAUCUCUUCUUGAGGUCUUGCAAGUUAGGAAUUGUCCAUCCCUUGAAUCCUUAACAGCAAGCGGGGAAUUACCUACCACACUUCAAUGCCUCUAUAUUCAGAACUGUCCGAAGCUGGAAUCAGUAGCCAAGAGUUUUCAUCAUAACUCAUUUCUUACAAAUAUCUCCUUUGAAAAUUAUGAAAAUCUUCAAUUCUUGAACGGCAUACACAACCUCACCUCUCUUCGAGAUUUGAAAAUAAAGAAUUGUCUGAGCAUUUUAUCAUUUCCCAAAGAAGGUUUUCCCACAAACCUAACAACACUCAAGAUCUCUCAUCUUAAAAUCACAAAAGCCUUGUUCGAUUGGGGGCUGGACAACCUCACUUCUCUUAAUGAACUUGAAAUCUGUGGAUGUCAACAUCUGGUGUCCUUUCCAGAGAUGACGUUGCCUGCCUCUCUAACAAGCCUCUACAUCUCAGAAUUCUCGAAUCUGGAAUGCCCGUCUUCCUUGGGUUUAAGAAAACUCACCACUCUUAAAACACUCAAGAUUUCUGACUGUAAGAAGCUCAUGUGUUUUCCAGAGGAUGGCCUGCCUCCCUCACUCCUGCAACUUUAUAUCUCUUCUUGCCAAAAGUUGAUGUCCUUACCAAAUAAUGGCCUGCCUCCCUCACUCCUAGAGCUUCGUAUCUCUAAUUGCCAAAAGUUGAUGUCCUUACCAAAGAAUGGCCUACCUUCCUCACUACAGCGACUUCUAAUCGAUAAAUGUCCUCUGCUGGAAGAACGCUGCAAGAAAGAUCAGAGAGGAGAGAGGCGCAGGAUAGCUGACAUCCCUUGUGUUCGAAUUAAUGGAAAAUACCUUUAUGAGACAGAAACAGAGGAGUAAAUCCAAUGAUUUUUCAAAAGACUGACGCAAGUCGUUGCAACUUCCGACUGCCAUCUGAAAAUUGGAUGUGCAAAGAGCCAAAAUUGAGACCCACGUUUGCUGAGAUCAUGGCUGCUUUGAAGCCGUUGGAGAAGCCAAUAACCAGUUCUCAAGUUCCCAGGCCAAGCACGUUCACAGGCAAUGGCCGUUAGAAACCUCUGCCAUUACAAAUUGCAGAAGAAGCAGGCUAGAAGUGCAAACUAUACCAUCAUACUCUCUGUCUUUGGAUUGCAAAAAUAUGGGGUGAAGUUCUAGAUUGCCUUGGACAAGUCUGAGAAAGUGACAGAUUGUGAUUCUAUUUUCUCAAUUCCCUUUUUUCCCCAUGCAGUGCAGCUAUCCUCAAGGUUGUAUAUUUGUUUGUACAAAUCCAUUGAAAUUGUUGUAAUCAAUGUUUGGAAAAUUUUUCUUUU